ACCGCGAGACAAAACUCGAGGAGAGUUGGACAGCGGCAAUCGCCGCGUAUAGAUCGAAUUCGUACCACUUAAAACCGCGCGAUCGAACAAAGAAUAUUGCGUAACGCGAGCGUAAUUACGCUUGAUGAUUAAAUGCUAGUGCUAGUGUGCCAUAUUUGGAUUAGCUGCCAAUCGAGGCUGUACGAGCUGCCGUAGAUGCUGGUGUAAGACCUGCCAGGCCCGCUCAAGGAAUGCUACCUCCUCCUUAAGAUAGCGGUAAACUAACUGACAGAGGACCGGGACACCAAAGACGAGUCCAGCCAAGGCAAAAACCCUGAGGACCAUAGAGAUCCAUCAACAGGUAGCUGCAGCAUCGCCAUGAACAAAAUUGAAAAGCUCAUAGAGCAGUUAGAGGAGGCGCAUAACCGACGCGAAGAACUGGAAGAUAGAGCCUAUCGGUUUCAAGAAGUGCUAGAAAGGGAACUGGAGGUUGAACUGUUCACCAUACGGCAGCUCAAACGCUCUCUCAAAUAUGUCCGACGGUAUAUGCAACAGUACGACGAAACAGUCGAAGAUCCAGUUCCAGGACCAAGUCGACCAGUCGACACGGAAGGGAACUACCAGGAAGCGGUAACAACAGGUUCACCAAACAACAGUGAGGAUGAACACUCUAUCGAAUCACAAUCAGAUAAGUCCGAAACAACGGGGGCUACUACCCAAGGGGCUACUACCCAAGGACAAACCAACAGGGGCGAAGAAACCAGCGGUCACAACGACUACAGGUCGCUCCACAACAAAGACCCUCCACAGCAAACAACUAAUACAACAACGGGGACAAUAACACACCAACAUACAACCGAACAGGCAAGUCGCGACGAUUCAACUGCCGAAGAAAACAUCCACCAUACGGGCAGUUGCGAUGUAUCUGCCGACUCGAAGGAAAAUCGUCUCAUUUCGGUUCAAACACAAGAUCCUCCGGAGCAAACAACUGAUAAAGCAACGGAGGCUCUAAUACAGCAGGACGACUACGAUUCAUCUGCUGAGCUACACCUACAGGCGAAACGACCCCGAGAGCAACUGUAGACAUUCGACAGGAAUAUGCCAACUUUUUAUAAAGCAAGAUGCUUUUUUUUGUUUUUGUUAUAACGGAGGCAAUGUGUCCCGAGUUAUAUUUUAGUUUAUAACCCUAUUAACGGAGGCAGUGUGACUACACGGUUGCCUAGCUUCCUUUUUUUAAGGCCGUAAUAAAAUAUAAAAGGCCUCAUACACAUAUAUACAAGUAUCCUAUGUGAUACUUACUUAGUUUAAGACUAGCAUAGGUUAGUUUGUAAGAUACUCGUCACGGUAAAAACGAGAAGGCGUCUCACAGCACUUACGCCUUCAAAGAAACAAUAUGGGUGGGUCAAAUCUACUCGUAAAAACAGGGAUGGGUACACAAAACCACAUACAUAUAAAAAACCUAACCCCACCAACCGAUAUUGCAUCGAUAAUUGGAUAACUGGAACACAAGUCGAACCUGACUGUGUUAAAGACAGGGCAAGCAAUCCUGAUCAUUCAGGUAAAAAGAACAAUUAUUUUCAAUAAUAAAUUUUCAUUUUUUAACUGUCCAGUUUAUAUGAUUCUGCAGUUCAUUGUAUCCCUAUAAUUCGAACAAACCUGUAAAUCCCAGUCGGUUGUGCAUUUUUACAGUUAAAUAAACAAAUUUCCAUUGUCUG